AUGUCACAGUAUUCAGGAAAGAUCACCUUCUACGAGGGGAAAUGCUUCACCGGCAGGAAGCUGGAGGUCAGAGGAGACUGUGAUAACUUCCAGGACCGCGGCUUCAUGAACAGGGUGAACUCCAUCCGUGUGGAGAGCGGCGCCUGGAUCUGCUACGACCACCCCGACUUCAAGGGCCAGCAGUACAUCCUGGAGCACGGAGAGUACCCAGAGUUCCAGAGGUGGAACUCCCACAACGACCACAUGGGAUCCUGCAAGCCCAUCCGCAUGCACGGCGAGCACUACCGCAUCGAGCUGUUCGAGGCCUGUAACUUCUCCGGUCAGUGUGUGGAGAUCUGCGACGACUGUCCUUCCCUGCAGAGCCGAGGCUUCUCCAAGAACUGCAUCAACUCCGUCAGGGUCUACGGAGACGGAGCCUGGGUGAUGUACGAGGAGCCAAACUUCCGCGGCCGCAUGUACAUCGUGGAGCGUGGAAACUACUGCAGCCACAACGAGUGGCAGGCCCAGAACCCCAACAUCCAGUCCAUCCGCAGGGUCGUCAACUACUUCUAAACCCUGACCUCUGACCUCUGACCUCUGACCCCACCUCCCCACCCCUCCUCAAACUCCCUCUCCUGUAUCUUCUACCACCGCUGUAAUCAUGUACAAUAAAUAAACACAACUAAGAUAAGAAAACAGGUUUUUUAUCAAA